UACAAAAGAAUCCUCUCCCAAUUCUACACUCAUGACAGUCAAAAGAAUGUCUCACAAAGUGUUGGAUCACAGCCACUUUAGCCGCACCACGAAAUCCUCCCUCCUCUCCACCAUCUCAUUUGCUGCCAUCUUCUUCAUCAUCUAUGCAGACAUCUUUGUCUCCAACCUUCCCAUGCAAACAAUUGACUUGAGAAAUCAUGAAGUUCUUGACCAUAAUCAUGACCAGACUCAGGUGCCUCAAGAGCAAAUUGAGUCAACCUUCAUAACUGAUCAGAGCAAGCCACAGCUUUCAAUUCAAGCAAAGAUUCAGGAACUUGAAGAUGAAAUUCGUGAUCCUCUGGUUCCUCCAGAAAAUGUCACAAAAGAGGAAAGACUUGUGUGGUUCCGACGAAAACUGCCAGAGCUAGAGAUACUCAAGUCAAACAACUUGUCACAGCAGUUCCACGGUCGAGUGCUCGAGUUCCUCAACAAUGGAUGCAGCCUUCAAUUCUACAUGGUAUGGCUUUCACCAGCAAAGUCAUUUGGGAAAAGAGAUUUCUUGACCAUGGACACCCUCUUCAAAUCCCACCCUCAAGGAUGCUUGAUGAUCAUAUCAAACUCCAUGGACUCAGCAAGAGGGUACAGAAUCCUGAAGCCUUUACUUGACAGAGGGUUCAAAAUACUUGCAAUCGCACCAGACUUGCCCUUUCUUGUCAAGAACACACCAGCUGAGUCUUGGCUUGAAGAAUUAAAGAGUGGCAGGACAGAUCCAGGUUACAUCCCAUUAUCUCAAAACCUAGCCAAUCUGAUUAGGCUUGCAAUGCUAUACAAAUAUGGAGGUAUCUACUUGGACACAGACUUGAUAAUUCUGAAGGAUUUAUCUGGGUUGAGGAAUGCAAUUGGAGCACAAAGUUUGGAUUCAGAGUCCAAAAUCUGGAACAGACUAAAUGGUGCAGUGAUGAUCUUUGACAUAAACCAUCCAAUUCUGCUAGAAUUCUUAGAAGAAUUUGCUACAACUUUUAAUGGGAACAAAUGGGGUCACAAUGGACCUUACUUGGUCUCCAGAGUAAUCGCUAGACUAGAAGGGAGUGGAAGGCCACUGGAUUAUAACUUUACAAUAUUGCCUCCUGAGGCAUUCUAUCCAUUGGACUGGAUUAGGAUACACAGGAUCUUCAGGAAGCCCGAGAGGGAAUCGGAGUCAAGAGCGGUGGAAAUGACACUAAAUGAGCUAAAUGCAAGGGAGACUUACGUUGUGCACCUAUGGAACAAACGAAGUAGACAGUUGGCCAUUGGAGAGGGAAGUGUCAUGGCGAGAUUGAUCUCAGAGCACUGUGUCAUUUGCCAGGACCUAUAUGUUUCUUAAAGAAAACUUAUAUGCUGUAAUAUGGUGAAGGAGAAGCUACUUCAAGCAAAGUGACUCAUAUGUGACAAAGCCUCUGCAGAACUCAGAAAAGAAAAGGAGCUCUUUGUUCAGAAGUAAAAUUAAAUUGGUAGUCUUUGAUGCUUGAAUAAGUCCCAAGGCUAGGGAAGUUUUUGUUUAAUGCAUUGCCAAGCAUUUUUUA